CUUGCUUCUUCCCCAAUCUUCUCCACCCCGCCAUUUACACCUUCAAAAACCCCCCAACUCUCUCUCUCUCUCUCUCUCUCUCUCUCUCUACAUUGGAGCACCUUCACCUUCAACACUCACUCUCAUCCUCCACUAUUUCCACACAAUGAUCCCUCACACAUACUCAACCGACGCUCAGUCCCAAUCCGCUGACCUCGCCGCCACAAUCGCCGCCGCCUCAACACCGGAGCAAAUCUCCGCAGUGUGCGCCGCCGUGGAACUCUUCCUGAACAAACACUCGCCUGACCAGUCGCGGUGGUUCUUCUCUAUCACGUUUCCAACCCUAAUUUGCAGGUUAUUCGGUUUCGACGAAGUUCAAAACCCUAGCAGUAACAGGAACGGUAUCGGUAAUGGUUGGAUUGACGUUUUGGCGGCGGUUGAUGAUGCGGAGGUUUCUGGUAAGGUUUUUCAGCUUUUUAAUCCGACUGGUGUGUUAUUGAGCUCUGUUGUGGAUGUUGAUCGUUUAUCUGUUGUUAAAUAUGUGUUUCCGAUUGAACGGUUGCCUGAAUGGAUCCGUUUGACGCUACAAAACGGUAGGAAUUGUGGUGUUUUGUCUCAAUUGUGUCCACUCUUGAAAGGAAGGCUUAUAGAGGGAGUUUCGUGUCAGGUUCAGUUGAAUAUUAUAGAGUAUUACUUGUUUUGGUUUGCUUAUUAUCCUGUUAGUAAAGGAAGUUGUGAGAAUCGUACCGUUGUUAGCUCUAGGGUUAGUAAAAGGUCUAGGUUAGAGAGUUGGGCUUCUAAGUCGGUUUCGGUUCUCGGUAAUGUUAGGAAACUACGUGGAAAUGAGCGGAAGAACGGGGACGGUGGUAGUUUGUAUAUUCAGCUUUUGAAUGCUUAUCUUCGUUUCUUUGUGCCGUUGAAUGAUUUGAAUGCUCAAUCGCCUUACCGGAGUUCUUUGUUGCAUUACUCGUCAAGUUACGAUACGUCGGUUUCUGAGAAUGCGGAGUUUUUUGUGCACACGCUUGUACAUUUCUGGAUUGUGGAUAAUGACUUUUCACCUUUGCCAGUGAAACUGUGCAAGUCAUUUGGUGUCGUGCUUCCUUCUUGGCCGGUUUUGACUGAGCUUCCUCCCACAGCUGGUUUGGGUGAGGUUGUUAAUGUGUUUGUGAAGUAUCUGAAUUCAAGUUUACUUUCGAAUAGUAUUGAGGGGUGUGAUCAGGUGGAACUUAGUAAAGUUGCUACAUGGGGGGGCACGGGUUCUGUUGAUAUGAAGUAUAUGGAUGCGUUUCCUAGUAUGGGAUCUAUCGGUUAUUGGAACUCUUGUAUUCAGAGGCCAGUAUAUAGAUACAUUCUGAGAACAUUCUUGUUUUUCCCUGUGGAAACUUCCUUGAAGAAUGUCUCUCAGGUGUUUUCCCUUUGGGUUAACUAUAUGGAACCGUGGGCCGUUAGUUUGGAUGAGUUUCCAGAGACUCAUGCAAAUGUAGAUAGUUUGAAGAAAGAUUCUAUAAAGGAAGUUAAUGUGUCUCAUUCACGUGAAUAUACAUCAUCUUGGCAAGGGUAUGUGUUAUCAAACUACCUUUUCUACAGUUCCUUGGUUAUGCACUUCAUUGGGUUUGCUCACAAGUUCAUUCACACGGAUCCAGAACUCAUCGUGCAGAUGGUAUCCAAGGUUGUAAAUGUAUUAACAUCGUCCAGGGAACUUUUGGACAUCAUAGAAAAUGUAGAGACUGUUUUUCAUUCCUCUCCAGCAGGAUCAUCCAAGUCAAUGCUUAAUUCAUUGUAUAGAUUUAUUCCCUCAAUCCGCGAGCAAUUACAGGACUGGGAAGAUGGCCUAUCUGAAACUGAUGCUGAUGGAUCAUUCAUGCAUGAAAACUGGAAUAAAGAUCUGAAGCUAUUUAGCACAAGUGAAGACGGUGGACAGCAACUUCUUCAGCUCCUUGCUCUGCGUGCCGAGUCAGAGCUUCAAGCCAUCUCAAGUGAAAACCUUCAAAGCAGCCUACAACUUCUAACUUGUUUAAAAGCCCGAAUGGGUUGCUUAUUUGGUAGCAAUAUGAUGACAUAUCCUACCACACCAGAAAGCAGCAAACAAGCCGAAAAGUCACGUCAUGAAGUAUUCAGCCCUAAAACUGCUGGAAAGCGCCAUACAACUGACAUAAGGUACAAGGGUGACUGGAUGAAGAGACCAAUUUCCAACGAUGAGGUUGCAUGGCUGGCGAAUUUACUGGUGAAACUUUCUUGGUGGCUAAACGAUAUUCUUGGGCUCAACUCAUGGGAAAAUGAUGAUGUGGGGCCCUCUACAUGGUCAUAUGUGGAGGUUUCUGGUGAUGCGGGUUCCAAAGUUUAUGGAGUUAAGGAUACAUCGAGAUUGGGUAGGGAGGCUGUGAAGUUGAUGAGGCAACAUGGUAUAAGGGUGAAUUUGAGAAUAUUGGCUUCAAAGAAAAUAGUGCUGGUGCUCUUUAUCGCCAUUGCGUUUAGCGCGCUCAAGAGAAUGUUUUCCGACUUUCCUGUUGCAUAAUGAUAGAGGCGCGUGUUCGUCUUUUCCAUGUGGUUUGAACUCAUGGCCAGUUUUGAUACGUGAGCAGAUAGAUGUCAUGUAAUAGGGAAAGUAUAAUUGAAACUACGAGGUUGAAGUCACGAACUCUUUUGCUCUUUAAGUGUGAAUUUAUGAUACAAGGGAAAGCAGCUCAACAAAUACACACAUAUUACACAUA